AUGAUAUUUGACCCCUCAACCGAAGACCAUCUCCGGCCAUGGCUGACACGUACCCUUGAGCCAAUAUGCGACGCCGACCCGGAAGCGUUGUCGAACUACAUUCUUGCCUUGCUCAAGCAUGAAUCGCCGGAAGCCGACUUGCGGAAGGACCUAUCUGAGCAACUGGAAGAGUUUCUCGAGAAGGAAACCGCGGGUUUUGUCAACACGCUCUUUACCGCACUUCGCACCAAGUCAUAUCUUCCUUAUACAACGAGCUCUACGCCUCCGCCCGCUCCCUCUGGUUCCGCCGACCAGGGCAUCCCCAUCCCACUCGACGCCCUCUUACAGCCUGCAGCAGCGCCUCACGGGCGAAAACGUGCCGGAGAUUAUGAUGAAACGGCUGACGGGCGGCCAGCGAAGGGCCCGCGUUUGAGCCAAGGCGACCAGUUUGCGGGUAGAGGGAACGGCUACGGCAUGGGCAACGGCAUGAUGGGCAUCGGCGGCAUGAACGGCAACCAGCGCAUAUAUCAGCCCCCAGGUGGCGGUCGCGGCAUAUGCAGAGACUAUCACAUCAAGGGUUAUUGUUCGCGCGGCGCGAUGUGCAAAUUCAGUCACGGUGACGAUGCUUUCGUGCCGCCCAUGAUGGGCAUGGGCCAGAUGAUGCCAAAUGGUGGCCUGGGGUUUCCGCCAGGAGGGUCACCACCGGGCGGAGAUGCAGGCUAUGACCCGAAUAACGCUCGAAUGGAGCUCAAUACAUUCGGUCGUCCGCCCAAGGCGCCGUUGAUGCGCCGAGAGAAUGCUGCAUUUGCCGCUCAUAAACACGGAGAGUUGCCUGUCAUUCAGGACCUUACGCCGCGAGUGCCGAGGGAAGAGGGAGCAGAAGAUUCAGCGCCACCAGACACGUCCCUUCCACCUGGUCCCAUGAUGGGGGCGUCUGGUUCGAUACCAGGUGGAUUGCUCGACCAAGCUGUGGGGAUGGACAUCGACCCAAAUACCCUUGAAAGGGGUAUCGUGAAUCCCCGGGGGCCUGCGCGAGGGUUUGGAGGUGGACGCCCUCUACGGGGGCGCAGCCAAGGGACGUUCGGUGCAGAUGUGCAACGUUUCCGCCCCGAACGACGAAACGACAAGACGCUGGUGGUGGAGAAAAUUCCUCGUGAGAAACUGUCCUUGGAUGCUGUCAACGGUUGGUUCAAGCAGUUCGGCACCGUCACUAACGUCGCUGUCGACGUCAAAACGGCCAAAGCGCUUGUCAGCUUCGCUGAUCAUAACGAGGCACAUGCCGCCUGGAAGAGCGAGGAGGCAGUAUUUGGGAAUCGUUUCGUGAAGGUGUUCUGGCAUCGGCCGAUGGAGGGACAUGGCACCGCCGGGCAACGGGCGCUCGCUGCCUCUGCAAGUACAUUUUCGACACGCAAUGGCUCAGAAGCUGUGCCAUCGGCGGGAGCUGCGGCCAAGGCCAACGGCCACGGCGCAAGCGCUUCGUCAUCUGCCCUCGCCGCAAAGCAGCAGAUUCUGGAGAUGCAGAUUGCGGAGCAGAAGUCGCUCAUGGAGCGUUUGAAGACGGCGUCGGUAGAGGAGAAGAAAGACAUCUUCGGUAGAUUGCGGGAGCUAGGGAAGGAGAUCGAGACAACCAAGACGGGUAGCACAACUGCUCCACCGUUAUCUGCCUCUUCGACGCGCACAAAAUCACCAACUUUGGGCGCACCCACCGCCGAUGAACAAGCGAAACGCGAGAUGUUGGACAAGGAAUUGGACUUGCAUUCGGCGACUGUAGCUGUCGAGGGCGACGGUGAAGACUCGACGGAGUCGCUCAAGGCGAAGUUGGCUAAGCUCCAAGCCGAGGCGGCGAGCUUGGGUAUCGAUCCGAGUAAUCCUGAGGCGUCAACCUCCGCUACCACAUAUGCGCCUGGCGGAUAUCGACCUUAUCGCGGGCGCGGCCGUGGACGGGGGCGCGGUGCUUUUGGCUACCGAGGUGGGCGAGGAGGGCCUCCGCCGAAUAUGCGCUUGGACAAUAGACCUCGAAAACUGCUCGUCAAAGAGGUCUCAUCAGAGGCGCAGCAAGCCGUCCGCGAUUGGUACGAAGCGACGGGCCAAGUGGAGUCGUUUGAGCCGACAGGCGAUGGCGAUGUCGUUGUAUCGUUCAGGACUAGGAACGCGGCAGAACAGGCGCUCGCGAAGGGCUCGAAUAUACCUCUCGCGGGACAUAAGCAAGUUUCCUGGAUGACCGGCCCCGCACCCGCCAAACCUGGCGAGAUCGCCGGCUCAGAAGCGCCUAUGGAAAAUUCCUCAUCAUUUGGACACGAGGAAGAUCGGGUGAUGGGCGAAGAAGAGGGUGGGCCAACUGGUUGGGGUGAAGAGGAUACUAUGCUCUAA